UCGAGGCUGGCGGCCGUUCGCUGGCGUUGCUCUCCGCCUCCGCCGCCUCCUCCUCCUCCUCCUCCUCGCCUGCCCGCAGCGCCAGCCCAGCCCAGCCGGCUUGCUCUGCUGCGGGGAGAACCAGCCAGCCCGCCGUCGCCUCGCCUCGCCUCUUUUCCCAUGGAUUUCAACAUGAAGAAGCUGGCCUCGGAUGCGGGGGUCUUCUUCACCCGGGCGGUGCAGUUCACAGAGGAGAAGCUCGGUCAGGCCGAGAAGACAGAAUUAGACGCACAUUUUGAGAAUCUCCUGGCUCGAGCUGACACCACCAAAAACUGGACGGAGAAGAUCUUACGACAGACGGAAGUCCUGCUUCAACCAAAUCCCAGUGCCCGAGUUGAAGAGUUCCUCUAUGAGAAGCUGGACCGGAAAGUCCCAUCUCGGGUCACCAAUGGGGAACUUCUAGCUCAGUACAUGAUGGAAGCGGCCAGCGACUUUGGAGCCACCUCUCCCUAUGGCAAAACUCUCAUCAAAGUUGGCGAGACCGAACGGCGUCUGGGAGGAGCUGAGAGGGACUUCAUCCAUGGGGCUUCCAUUAAUUUCCUGACUCCGCUGCGCAACUUCCUGGAAGGAGACUGGAGGACCAUUUCGAAAGAGAGAAGGAUCCUGCAAAACCGUCGGCUGGACCUGGACGCUUGCAAAGCUCGGCUGAAGAAAGCGAAGGCCGCGGAAGCGAAGGCCGCGGCGGUGCCCGACUUUCAAGAGACUAGACCGCGUAAUUACAUUCUCUCCGCCAGCGCAGCCGCGCUUUGGAGUGACGAGGUGGAAAAAGCGGAACACGAGCUUCGGCUGGCCCAGACGGAAUUUGAUCGACAGGCAGAAGUCACUCGGCUUCUUUUGGAAGGAAUCAGCAGCACGCAUGUCAACCACCUCCGAUGUCUCCACGAGUUUGCAGAAGCUCAGACCACGUACUACGCUCAAUGCUACCAAUACAUGUUGGAUCUCCAGAAGCAACUGAAUAGCUCCAGAGGAGAAAUGUUGCCAGGGACUUUUGUGGGCAACGCAGAGUCCACGUCGCCCCCGCCCAACGCUGCUUCCCCGACAGCCAUGGUUGCCGCCACGGGGCCCGCUGUGCCCACCCUCCCGGUGGUGCCCACGAUCGCUGGAGCACCCAAUUCGGCUCCGGUGGUUGAAGCUCUGAACCCCAGCGAGGUGAAGCCCCCCAGCAGCGGGACCCGGAAAGCCCGAGUGUUGUAUGACUACGAUGCAGCCGACAGCAGCGAGCUCUCUCUACUCUCGGAUGAGAUGAUCACUGUGUACAGUCUCCCAGGGAUGGACCCAGACUGGCUGAUAGGAGAGAGGGGGAACAAGAAAGGCAAAGUGCCCGUCACCUACUUAGAACUGCUGAGCUAAACGCGCCUGGCAAGGACUCUGCAAGCAAAUCACCUCUUUUCUUCUUCUUCUUCUUCUUUUUUUGGGAAACUGAUUUCAUUCCGAGAUCCCUCGCUCUCACUAUUUAUUAUUAUUAUUAUUGUUGUUGUUGAUAUUAUUAUUUGGGGUUCUUAGGUUGUGUGGAUUAAGGCCCCAAAGGGACGGUGGUGAAUCACUUCCAUUCUCCAGGGUUUCAGGGACUCCCCUCCAAUUAUCCUAGUUGGCUUUGAGAAUUGUUGGGAGCACCCCCAGCUCAUUGGAGAUAGUGGGUCAUGAGGACUAGCCACUUUAGAGACCCUUCCUUCCUUCCCAUCUUAAUUUCUCCUUCCAUCUUUCCUCCCUCUUUCCAUCCUUCCUCCUUCCCUUUCUCCUUUUCUCUUUCUCUUCUUUCCUUCUCCAUCUUACUCCCUCUCCUUUCUUUUCCCCUCUUUUCUUCCUUCCUUUCUCCCCCUCUCCUUCCUUCCUUCCUUCCCUUUUUUCUCACCCUAUUUUUUUUCUUUAUAUUUUUCGGAGCCUUCAAUCGAUUGUAGACAUUCCAGGCAGGGGGGUGGGGGGGGUGAGAAAUGUGGGGAGAGAAGGGGGGGGUGUUUCUGACCACAGGCCGAGCCUUCCCCCCCCACCCCUCAACUCGGAGCCAGUCGGAGAAGAAAGUUGUCACCUCGGAGGCACAGACGACCCAUCCUUGUCCGGUCCAUCUUUUCGAUAGAAAGAUCCUAACAAUUUCACGAAGAAAAGAGAUGGAAUUUGCAACUCUUGGACUGAAGUUUCUUUUAACCGUCAGGCUUUGAUUAUCUGGCCAUGCACCAGUUUUUCCACACCUUUGUGUUUUUUUCUCUUGCACUGUCUUCAAGUGUGCAAAUCCACACACACACACAUAGCAAACACAUCUGCCUGCAGGUUGAGGAGCCUGGACUUUUGUCAAAUCUCGUCACGCUCCAUAGCUCCAAUCCUCGGGGCGCUUCUCCCAAACUCGAAGCCAUACGUAGUACCAGUGUAACCUAGCACAGAGCAUGGAGCAGAUUCGGCCGCCGUCCUGCUGCCCGAGGCCGCGUGGUUCAAAGCUUGACCGGUGCUUUUUUUCCUUUGCACUUUUAGGCUGAUGUCGGGUUGCAGAGCCCUUUCCGUAAAUGCAAUAUAUUUUGAACGACUUGCAAACGUUUCUUUUUGCUUGGCGGCCUGUCUCUUUGUCCGUUCUCCCACUUGGGCUUCGUUUUAUUAUUUCUUCCGAGUUUCUUCUUCAGAAAACCACACAGAGCAUGGGACAUUGCCAAAUCUUUUGGGGCAGAUACGUUGGGCAGGCGGAAGACUCUCACCGGUGCGAUCUCCGGGCAAAAAAAUAAAUAAAUCCUGUGGUUUUCACAAUACUUAAAAAAAUACUUCUGAAUAAUCAGGUUCCACCCGCAGGAGCUCAGAAGCUGCUUUGGGGGGGGGAGCCAAAAUCAUGAAUCCUAGAAACAAAGAGAUUGGAUCUGAAGCUGUUAUUAGCAGCAGGGGGAUCUCCCCCCCCCCAUAUAAAACACUUUAUUAUCCUUUUCUAAGUUAUAGAUGUUCUUUCCUGUGUGCUCGGUUUAAAGCUUCUGCACGGUUUCCCCCCCAAUUUGAAUGGGGUUUGGGGUUGUUGGGGGUUUUUUUUGCAUUCUCCGGUGCUUGGCAUGUAUCCCACCCGUCCGAGUCAGGAACCCCGCUGGGGCCACGGAUCUGGGAAACCUCACCAGGGGGAAGCAGCAAGUAACCCGAGGCCCAUUUUUCUGGGUGUCUGGGGACCUCUGGGAUGCCCCCUCCCCAAUCCUUCCUUGCAAACUGUUCGUAUUCUGCUUUUUUUCUUUGUCGAGUUCCUUUAACAAUUGCAAACUUUGAAAUGGGCUGAAUGCUCAGAUGUGAAAGAUGCCCGACACUCUUGUUACUGCGAUCUUUGAUUAAUAAAAAGUUAGAGCUGCC